UAUUGUUCACACCUAUCCGCCUAUAUAUUAUCAGUGGGACGAAACGUCCAAUGCCCUCCUACACAAAUAUCAGUGGCACGAACUGGUAGUGGCACGAAACGUCCAGCACCCAGAAGAGUCAUUAACUGAGGUCAAUGGCUGCACUGCUUUAUUGUCUUCCACUGACGUCACCAUGGUUGCAGGCAGAGGAGAAUGGGGAACAAGUCAGGGUCAACGAGUGUCUGCGACUGCUGAAAGAUGACAGGACUCCGCUUGUCAUCAUGGGUGAACAGAAUUGGUAUACAUUGUGGGAAGACUGUGCUUCUGUUCCAAGCAGGCGUGGCCUAUGCCAAUCAGGACUACCAUGUGACGGCGAUAAGCCGAAGCCCACUCUCCAGGAUGCCGUUAUCAGUGCAUGGCAUGAUCCGACCAGAGGCAGCAGGAAUGCUGCAGACAUUGACAUUUCUCUACAUGAGCAAGGUGUCAGACCUGGUGGCGUAUUGUGCCACCCUCCACACAAAGCCUGUCCUACCUGACGUGUUGAUAGUGGACGACUUGGACUUCUACUUCAACCAGCUCACUGAGCCAAGUGUUGAGGCAGGCAGUGCCAGAUUGUGUGCACUGCUGGUGGAUGCAGCCCACUUCAUCAAACAGAAAAGCUCCCUUGGUGUUUUGAUGUGUGCCUGCGGUAACUAUAACAACGCCUGGAGACACGUACUGGGGCAGUUCAAAUUCACAUUGGCAGAUAUAACAGCUGAUGAAAAAGAGAAUGAGAAGUACUGUGUUCAUGUACAAACCCAAACUGCUGAUGUGACAGUGACCUACCAAGUGCAGACAUCGGCAGUGAUGAUCAAAGAUGUUGUAUUCCGGAGAGCCUUGUCUUUAAAUGCAGACAUGUCAGUGAUUAACAAAUAAAGAUGUAUUUAACUGCAGACGUAUCAGUGACUAACAAAUAAAGAUGUCUGUAAAUGCAGACAUGUCAUUGACUAACAAAUAAAGAUGUAUUAAACUGCAUACAUACCGUAUCAGUGACUUACAAAUAAAGAUGUAUUAAACUGCAUACAUGUCAAUGGCUAACAAAUAAAGGACUGGUGUAUUUAACUACAGACAAAUCAGUGAAUUACAAAAAAAGAUGUAUUUAUCUGCAUACGUGUCAAUGACAAACAAAGAAAGAUGUAUUUAACUGCAUACAUGUCAAUGACUACCAACGAAAGAUGUAUUUAACUGCAUAUGUGCCAAUGACUAACAAGUAAAGAUGUAUUUAACUGCAUACGUGUCAAUGGCUAACAAGUAAAGAUGUAUUUAACUGCAGACAUAUCAGUGACUAACAAAGAAAGAUGCAUUUAACUGCAUACAUGUCAAUGACUAACAAGUAUUUAAAGAUGUAUUUAACUGCAAACAUCUCAGUGAGUAACAAAGAAAGAUGUAUUUAACUGCAUACAUGUCAAUCACUAACAAAUAAAGAUGUAUUUAACUGCAGACAUAUAGUGACUAACAAAGAAAGAUGUAUUUAACUACAUACAUGUCAGUGACUAACAAAUAAAGAUGUAUUUAACUGCAGACAUAUCAGUGACUAACAAAUAAAGAUGUAUUUAACUGCAUUGAAGUUACCAUUCCACAUCACGCAUUGAAAUUUUAGCUAUUGCUAUAAGGAACAUUGAAUUUUUAUGUGUAAACUUUAUGUUUUCGAAAUAUUGUAUGAAAUACUCCAUGAUUUUGAGUUUUUAUGUUUUAUAUUACUUAAACGUAUGUGUGUGUAAUUCUUCUGUAUUUGUCUUUCACAACACCUCGCUAUUGUGUAGCCCACUGAUGGGAUCAGUAUUCAUUUUGUAUUGCAAACAUAUUUGAUAAAUCUUGGUAAUAUC